AUGUCUGGUCUCUCAUCUUUCUUUCCUACCAAGCUGCUUAGUUCGAUGCAUCGCCCUUCAGAGCCACUCUCCCGCUCAGACCCUCUGUCUCGCCUUCGGUUUGCGUUAGAAACCAUGCCAGGAUCGCGCAAAUACGUCUUUACUCCUGCGACUCGAGCUGAGAUUCUUUCCGAACUAUAUGACGCUUUCUGGGGCCCUUACGCGCAUCUAUUCUUGCCCAACUCGAAUUCUAGUCUUCCACUGCAUGCGACUUUGAGCGAGGUUCAGGUCAGUUCCGGAUCACAGAAGGAGCUUCCUCCAGUCCCGGGCAGACCGUGUGGACACAUCUUCAAGAAGGGCGAAAGCUGCUUUCGUUGCAAAGAUUGCGCUCUGGAUGAUAGCUGUGUCCUAUGCUCAAAAUGCUUUGAAGCCACCGAUCAUGCUAACCACAAUGUCAGCUUCUUCAUUGCUCAACAAUCUGGCGGAUGCUGUGACUGUGGCGAUAUUGAGGCAUGGCUUGUCCCCAUUGAUUGCCCCUUCCAUCCGGUUUCUCCUGAAGUUGCCGAGUAUUUGAGCACUUUCAUUGCCGGAACAUUACAGACUCCUCCUAGAACCGCUUCCAAAGUGAUAUCAGCACAAGAUGUUUCCCCAGUCAAGGACUAUCCUCUGAGGGUAUCAGUACCCCCGGAACUUCGAGAUACGAUGAGCAGGACCGUGGCGUACGCCCUUGACUUCGUCUUGGACACAUUGGAUUACUCCCCAGACGAGACCUAUGUCCCUGCAACCGAAAUCGACUUACGAGCGCAGCUUUCAGGGGACCCAAUGAUGAGAGACCAGUUCUGCGCUAUUAUCUGGAGUGAUGACAAGCAUUCGUUCGAGGAGCUCACUCAGCUGCUGCGCGAUCUUGCCAAUCGCUCCAGAGAAGAGGCCUCCGAGAUUGUCGAGCGCAUUGACGAGCAAGGCCGUGAAAUCGUGGACAUGAACAGCAAUGCCUCACGCCUUCUGGAGAUUGCACAUACCAUAUCGCAGAUUGACCUUGGUGUCACCGUCCGGCGAGCAUACGAUACCUUCCGCGAACAGGUGGCUGCUGUGAUCAUUGAAUGGUUACUCGAUCUCACACGCAGCCGACUUGGAUCAGAUGCGUUGGUGAUGCGAGAAGUGAUUGCUUCGGAGUUAUUAUCCACUAGGAGGAACUACGCUUUGCUUUCUCAGCAGGAUGUUGGUAAGCUCUUAGCAGGCGUUCACGACCCUUCAAGGAUCGACUGGUUCUUCCUGUACCAUCACAAGUUAUGGAAGAAACCUCGUUUGAAUCUGAAGGAAAUAUAUGCCUCCAUCCUUAGUCUUGGCCAUGAACACAAGAUAGCAGUCGCAUCUCACUUCGCUAACGUGUACACCCGCAUUAUUGAUACCUAUCUCUUGGUGGAUCGUGAAGCGGAGACAUCAAUCAAGUAUUUCGCUUUGCAGUUGUUCACUGUCCCGUCUGUCGCCCUCUACAUUGUCCGGCAACACAACCUCAUACCCCGAUUACUUGCUAUCAUCGGUGCCUUCUUCACCAAUCAAAUUCAGGACAAGAGGAUCGUGUUCCCGGCCGAUCCCAACGCGGAGAUUGAUGUCGACACAUUUCCGUUCAAGUCCAAACGAUUCAUGCCUGUCUUCAGUGACCUGCGUUACCUCUGCCAUAACGAACCAGUGCAGCAGCUGAUCGCUCACAAUCGUGAAUUUAUCACGCAGUUGUGCAAGACAUGUCAGAUCUUCAUGUGCGUCAAUCCGAACAAGCGUGCUGUUAGCAGCCACGUCGAGUACGAAACAGAUGCGUGGAUCAGUAUGUUCAAUGUCACACUUUCGCUCUCUCGAGUCAUCAAAGUCUAUGGAGAAGCAUUCUCAAGAGCGACUGUGGCCGAAUUAGUGGCCGCGAUCACCACUGUCAUGCACCACAUACUGGUCGUAUCUGCAGUGGUAGAUGAUCAGCGAGAUAUCACCCGCUUCCCACCUGUGGUGUUUCAUAACUCUGUCUUCGGAGAUGCCUCUUACCAGAUUAUCGACUUCAACGUGAUGGAAGGCUGGGUCAGCUUCCAUCACUCGUUGCAGUGGUUUCUUGCGGAGCUCUUCAAGCACAUUGAUAUCCUCAGCGAAGACUCCUUGCAAACAAUAGGCAUGUCAAGCUUGCGGGACGUUUGCUUGUGCAACGCCAGUGAACAGGCCAUUCUCACAAUUAUUGAUUAUCCAUUACGAGUUUUGACCAAGGUCGCCCAGAUUCGAACUGGUCUCUGGGUCCGGAAUGGUUUUGCUAUCCGGGGGCAACUCAUGCAUUACCGCGACUUCAUGCUGCGCGAACUGUGCUACGACCAGGACUUGUUCCUUCUGCAAAGCGCGCUGGUAAUUCUUGAUCCAAACACCGUCAUCGUCAGCAUGCUUGACCGUUUCCAACUCCUGGGAUAUUUCUCUGGCGCCACGCUGCACCCUGUCUUCGAUAGCUCCCAGCUGUCCAGCAUGGUUGAAGAGUUCCUCUAUAUCCUCAUUACAAUACUGACCGAGACGGCCACUGCCACAAAGUUGUCCCUUCCUUCUGCUAUAAGGAGGGAGAUUAUCCACGCGCUCGCUGUGGGACCCUGCACAUUCACAGAUCUGACGAAGCGGGUUACCGAGCGAAUGGUGGACGACGUAUCGUUUGAACGUGUCUUGAAAGAGGUGGCAAAUUGCAGAGCACCCGAGUCUGGAGUAGACUCCGGAAUUUUCGAGCUGAAGGAUGAGUUGUAUGACGAAGUGGACCCCUUCUUCUACCACUACACCCGGAACAAGCGCGAGGACGUGGAAACAACACUGCGUAAUAGACUGAAGAAGGCGACGGGUUUGGAUGAUCCUGUUGUCGUUCCAAGGCCUGUGGCGAUCACCAAUGGUCCAUAUGUCGCCCUGCAGUCCGUUUUCCAGUCCGAAGCUCUUCUCCAAAUCUUAUUCUACGGCAUCUACAACAUACUCACUCUGACCGACGCGAUAGGAUCUUCUCCAGGUUCCGCUGAGGCCAUUUUGGAUCAGCUCAUGUAUCUCAUCAUGGUUGCGGUCAUAGAGCAACCGCAGGUGUUCAGUGGCCUGGUAGCUCACAAACCGUUCGAAGAGGGCCAGACUUUGCUGGACAUGCUCUGCAAGUUUGAGUGCCACGACAGCUACAAGCCGUACAAGUCCCGCUCUGGCUGGAUUUUGCAGCACAUCGCGGAGCAUCAGCAGGACGAGGUCUUGAAACGACGACGGAUGGUCAGCGCAUCCGUAGGUGAAGUUGCUGAUCCCGUGGAUGCGAAGAAGCGUGCUGCAAAAGCCAGACAAGAAGCGAUCAUGAAGCAGAUGAAAGCGCAGCAAGCUAAAGUCGCCUUCAACUUGGAGGAUGUUGAAGAUGAGGAGAACGAGGAUAUCAGCACAACUCCAGAUGUCCCCAUGUCAUACGGCACCUGCAUUGUCUGUCAAGAAGAACUGAAUUCUUCCAAAGCAUUUGGUUCACUUGGUUUCAUCCAACCUAGCAGGUUACUUCGGCGUCAUCCUGAUGGUCACCACGUACAUAUCAACGAGGCCCUCUUGGCACCGCAGUCUUUAGACAGGAGCCUGGGGGUUGUUCCUAUGCCUAGCUUUCCUCCUUCGGAAACUGAGAUACGGGACUCAAAGGCCCGAAGCUCACAUAAUUUCGACGCAUUUCCAUCCCAGUAUACCCGGUUUGGUCUUCAUGCUUCGAUCUGCAGCCAUAUGAUGCACUUAGAUUGCUUCAAUGUUUAUUGCAGUUCGAUACGACAGCGGCACAGGACACAGGCUACCAGGAACCACCCUGAGAACGUUCAACGUAAAGAAUACAUUUGUCCAUUGUGCAAAAGCUUGGGCAACGUGAUCCUUCCUGUGGGAAUGGGUUUGGCAGCUACCGAGUUGAAUGCAGUAUCAUUCCCGGACUGGAUUCGUGCCGCUGGUAUCAACAUCCUUAAAUCAAAGCCUGACCCUGUUCUUGAGUCUCUGCAGUUCCGCAGUGGCACCGGAGAGUUUGUAUUCUGGAGUGCUCAAGAUCUAGGAUUCCAAUCUUUCAUGCGUAUCCUCGAUCGACCAGGACCAGUCAACACGGAUACGUACAAGAUGGUUGAUACCGUUGUCGGGAUUGCAAAGACCAUUUCCCAGCAAACUCGGCAUCUACGAGAUCGUCCAGAACCUGAUCUAGGCGAAAGAGGUGCAGGUAUGUAUCUCCCGGAAGAACUGGUGGGAUACACAAUCGCUUCGUUCGAGGUUGCGCAGCGGGGAUCUGGUUUUGCUGGAUACACUAUAGCCGAUAACUUGUCUGAUUCCCACUAUGGGGUGAUCAGAGGCUUGGUUGCUUGUCUCACAAAGCUUGUCGCGUGGAACUUCAAGGGCAGGCCUGACGAAGGGUGUGAUGCUGUGCGACAAGCCAUCAUCAAGCGUCUGUUACCUGAGUGGAGUCGUACUUCCCUCACCUCCUUCGCCUUUCCUCUUCUUCUUCGCGACCCAUUCGCCAUCCUCGUCGAGACUGCAGCUGUCGCACCAGACAUGCUACGGCAUGUUCUUAUUCUCACGUAUUAUGCGUGUCUCGCUCGGACAGUCAUCGGACUGAUCUACGUCUUGAAUAAAACCCGCAGCUACCACGCCUCAACUAUCGUGCAGCGCAGCCACGAAGACAUUUUCGGCGACGUUCAGAUGUUUUUCAUGUCGGUUGUCCGCCACUCGCCUGUGUUCGAACAGGCAGCCGAUAUGGCGUUCCAAGCUUUCGGCGAGGCCCGGAUCGAGAAGCUAUUGUAUGCAUAUACACUCCCUUUUCUACGCAGAGCCGCCAUCCUAUGUCGUGCAAUGGUUCCAACUGGAUUCCAAAUUCGUGCGUCUGGAGGUGAUGCUUGCGAAUAUAGGCGUUUGCUGGAGAUGUUGGAAAUACCUCCGUUAUCCGAUCUUCCAAACCAAGAUACGUUGCAGAAUGCAUUGUCUGGCUGGUGUGGCCAUUAUGGCCAUUCACAUGCGGCAUCCCAACUCAAUUGUGGCGUUGUCCUGGACUAUCCCGUCGUAUAUCAUCUCGCUCGGUUACCUCUUGUUUUGGACAACCUUUACCCAGAGCAAGACAAGCUAAUGACAUGUCCACGCUGCCAUACUGUUCCCCUGGAUGCCGCCAUUUGUUUGAUUUGUGGAACAACGUGUUGUAUGCAGAGUCACUGUUGCAUUGAUUAUGACAACCAGAGCCGAGGUGAAUGCAACAUGCAUACAAAGGAAUGUGCUGGUCCAGUGGGACUCUAUUUCCUGGUGAAGAGGUGUUCCUUAUUGUAUCUCUACGCCAACAAUGGCACAUUUGGUCAAUCUCCAUAUCUCGACAACCACGGCGAGGUCGACAUAUCCAUGAGGCGCGGUCGUAGACAGUACCUCCACCAUGUCAGGUGGGAAGAUGUACGGAAAACUUGGCUCAAUCAAGGCAUACCGACUCUGAUAGCAAGAAGAUUGGAAAGCACAGUAGAUAGCGGCGGAUGGGAAUCUCUGUAG